UUGUAUUCGAAGAUGUACUCGCGUCUUUUAGUCUAACUAUCUAUCUCCUAUACUCGCAUUCAUUAAUAGCUAGAUGUAUAUAGUAUCCUAAUCAUGAGUUAAUACGAUUUGAGUAAAUGUAUGAUAUAACAGAUAAAUAAUCUAUAUAGCCUAUUAUAUGGCAAAGGUCAAUCAUUCGCUUGAUCCGUAUAAAUUUUUUAUUUUUAUUUGUUAUCGACACUUAUCAUAUUCACGUCGUCGCCCGUCGGUAACAUGAAAGAAUAAGUAUCUAAAUAAUAAUAAUUUAAUUAUUCAAUUAUUGGUUAUAAACAAUGACAGUAAAUAUCAAAGUAAAUGGACACAAACAUUGUCAUUCUGUCCAACUGUUAACACCAGUAAUAACUAAGAUUUUCGCUGGAAUUUUAUUACGGUUUUAUAUUUUUUCAAUUUUUUUUAACGUGAAAAUGGAUCAACCUAAAAAAACAACUUAUUGCUUCCCAUCAAAAAAAUUAUCAGUUAAAAAAUCGCCGAGUUCUCGAGUGAUGAAUGCAGGGGCGUAUUUAGGCACAGGCCCUAUAGGCCCGGGCCUAGAGCGGCAACAUUUGGAGGGCGGCAAAUUUUAACGAUAUUUUUUUACAAAAUUACAAUAAGUAUUUUUCAUUUGAUGAAAUCAAACUUAUAACUAAUUUUUUGUUCGCACAAAAUUAAACAUCUAUCUACAUGUACCUACUAUAUUUAUACAAAUUUGCCGAGGAAAAAAGUAGAAGAAAAAAUUUAAAGUUUUAAUAUUUGUAAUUUAAUGUUCAUUAAUAAUGUAUAUUUUUUAAUAUAAUAUUACAAUAUAAUAAAUUGUAUAUUUAAAUAUGUUUUAUAAAUAAUUUUAGGAAUGAUGGAGGGGGAGGCGGCAAAUUGGAAAGUGCCUAUAGGCGGAAAAACCUUAAAUACGCCACUGGAUGAAUGUUCUAGGAAUUCGUGCCAAAACUAAUCCCAACCCAGAUGUCGUAGAACCUGUUGUGGAAUCUUUUUUCUUAGGGGCUGACAAUCAAACACCACGCUGAUCGAGGGAAACGAUUAGUCACGAUUCAGAGACUAGAAUCUGUUGUGGAAUCUUUCUUCUUAGGUGCUGACAAUCAACCACCAUGCUCAUCGAAAGAAACAAUUAGCAAAAUGGUGGAUUUGAGGGAUAAUGAAACUAAUAAUUGGGGUACUGAAGACAUUUUACAUAACUUAACAUUUGAUGAAUCUAUAUCUAGUAAUCAAGAAACCAAGCCAUGCGAUGUAAAUGAAUGUUCGGGAAGACGAAUAGUGGAUAUACAUUACGUUUUUAGUCAAAUUAAAAAUAGUGUUCAUCAAGGGUCAUUUGGUUGUUCAUUUUUGAACAUGACAUUUAUUUCUGAAAAAAGACACGGAUUUAGAUCAACAUUUAGGUUUCAGUGUGAUGUGUGUAACAUUAUUAUGUUUAUUAACUCAGAAAAGUUGAAACCUUAGACCUUUAUGCCGAUUAACGAUGCCGCCGUAAACGGAUCAAUAGCAGCUGGAAUUGGUUUUACGCAGUUAUCAGAAAUGUGUGCGGUUAUGGAUAUCCCUUGUAUGUCUUCGUCUACUUUUCUCUUAGUACAAGAAUUUAUUAGCAAAAGAAUCCAUGAAGUCGCCGAGGUGCAAAUGGAAAUUGCUGGUGAUGAGGAACGUCAGUUAGCUGGUGAGAUAGAUACUGACGGAACCCCGAUGUGCACUGUAGUUGCUGACGGACAAUGGUCCAAGCGCAGUUACAAGACCAAAUACGAUGCAUUAUCCGGAGUGGCAACAAUAAUUGGUUACAAAUCGAGAAAAAUUUUGUUUGUGGGCAUUAGAAACCGUUAUUGUAUCAUUUGCCAAAGAGCCAAAAAUAAGAAGUUAUUUCCUCCUGAACAUACAUGUUUUAUGAAUUGGAAAAAAGGCGCUACUAGCAUGGAAGCUGAUGCCAUCGUUGAUGGGUUUAAACAAAGUGUAGAACUGCACGGACUCAAAUACAAUAAACUAAUAGGAGAUGGAGAUUCAAGUGUUUCAUAAAGGCUAGCUGAAAUCAUGCCUUAUGGUUGUAGACUGCUUAUAAAAAAAAUAGAAUGUCGUAAUCAUUUAUUGCGAAAUUAUGGUACAAAAUUAAUGGCUAUGACAAUAAAUAAAAAAUAUCCAAUUCCACUAAGAAACCAUGUAAAGGCAAAUAUAUUACGUUUUAGAUAUGCCAUAACUAAGGCAAUUGAAUAUCGUAAUAGUUUACAGGGGCAAUUAGAUUACAAAAAAGAAGUUGGAUUACGGAAAGAUAUAAAUAAUAGUUUUCGUCACAUUUUGGGUAGUCAUGAUCAAUGUGAGGAAUAUUUUUGUAAGCCCGCUAACCGCAAUUUACCAAAUGAAAAAAAUAUGAUUAAAUCUGCCGAGGAAUCAGGGUUCUUGAGCGAUAUAUCUCAAAUAAUAUCUCGUUUGGUCACAAAUGUUGAUAGUUUACUCAUGAAUAUCGAUAACAACGUGUGUGAACAAUUUAAUAGUGUAAUCAAUAAAUAUUUGGCGGGUAAACGUAUAAAUUAUUCACAAAGAAAUUCGUACAAUUCUCGAGUUGAAGCUGCAGUAAUAUCGUACAAUUCAAAUGGACAAUUUCUUCGGUUAUUACACAAAAAUAUUGUAAAUGAUAUAAGCCCAGGUAACUAUGAGUAUUGUAGGAAAGAAGUUCCUAAUUAUGGUUUGUCCGAACCACUACCCGAGGAAGAAAAUAUGUCUAAAGAAACAUUACAAAAAUUAAAAGAAGAUUUUAUCAAUUCCUUGAAAUUAGAUAGAAGUGGUCGCUUAAAUAUUGAAACACUAACUAGACAACAGGCUAACUCUCAAAUUUGGCAUUCUGAACGAAGAAAUAGACUUACAACAUCAAAUUUUGGCCGUGUUUGUAAAUUACGACCAACUACGUCUUGUAAAAAAACAGUUUACGAUAUAUUAUACCGAACAUUUUUUUCAAAGGCAACUGAUUAUGGUAAAGCCACCGAACCAGAAGCUAUUGUUGCAUUGGAAAACAUAUUAAAAUGCAAAGUCAAUCCAUGUGGACUUAUCAUUGAUGAACAUUUACCUUAAUUAGCAACAACUCUAGAUGGUAUAAUUGAUGAUGAUUUCUUAGUUGAAAUCAAAUGUCCAUUUACAGUCAGAGAUUCAAUUACAUUCUCGGAAGCGAUAAGCAGUAAAAAACUAUUAUUUUGUCGUCUCAAUGACAAUGGAACGAUGGAAUUAAAAAUUGAUCAUCAUUAUUAUUAUCAAGUCCAGGGACAAAUGCACAUUUCUAAACGAACAUUUUGUUAUUUCGUCGUCCACUCAAAAAAUUGGACGGAAAUACAAUUAAUAAAUUACGAUGAAUCUUUCUGGUACAACAAAAUGAUUGACAAGUUAAAAAUUUUUUAUAUGGAAUGCUUACUACCAGAGAUAAUCAAUCCUCAGUAUGGAAAACGUUUGCUAGUAGAUGAUACAAAAGAUCCUGAACACAUUUUGGAAAACAUUAAAACAAAAAACAAAAUA